AUGAAUACCAAUGAGAUACUCCAGUCAACAAUGAUUAAAAUACCUCCUCAUAUACUUUUCCGCUCAAGAGAUGUCCUUGACAACCCAUUAUCAUCGAUAUCGUCCUCAUCCUGCUCUCCCCAGAAGCAACGGGUCAGCCUGUUUGAUGAGGCGCUUCGUCAGCAGCACCCAGUUUGUACAGAUGCAUUGGCCACCGUGCUUAUGGCAAAAAGAAACAGCUUCACCGUGACCACUACCAACAGCAAUAAUAACAACACCACCAACUUCUACAAAUACAGUACUGCUGAUUGUUCAUCUGACUCCCCAUUAUCUUCGUCUCCAGAAUCAACUUUUUCUGAAUUUACCACCACUUUUGACGAUUGCUCCAGCUUACCAUUUUCUAAUCCGUCUAUCUCCAAAUCAUGCCUCAGCUCCGUGACCUCCCUUGGCUCAAAUGAGGACGGCCAUCCUUUGUCUUUCAACGACAGCGAUAACGAUGAUAUCAUUUCUGAAGAUGAUGGAUUUUUUAUCACCAAAAAAUCAAAGGAUGAUCAAGAGAAGAACUCCUCGUCUCUUGGUUUAGGGUUGAACGAUUUAACAACCAACUUUAUCAAGUCGUUCAAAAAAUUCGCCCAGUCUUCCAACAGCGCUAACCAAAAUACCAUGGUCAUUCCUCCAGUCCGUUACUAUUCAUUUAUGUCCAACUACAGCUCCUCACAAAGUGGGGCGCAACCAACCUUAUUCCAAUCGAAACCGGCCAAUGUCGAACAAUGCGAAAUUGUCCCGCUUAAAACUUUCAAUAUCCAAACAAUUCCUUUGGCCAAUAACUGGGAUCUCGUUGACUCGAUGCCAUCUAAUAUCAAUUCCGAAGAAGCCGUGGGCUAUCCAUUCAACAACUGUCGUUCUAUAAGAUCAAGUCCCUUGUUUUUGAAAUUAUACGCGAUUGAAAAAACUGCCCAACUGAAACGUUUGAUUCCAAACAUCUUCAAAUCGGAAGAAGAGAGUUCGAACCAUUCAAUGUAUCAUUUCUACGAUGACGACGAUGAGGAUAGUGAUGAUGAAGAAGAAGAAGAGGAUAAUUACUGUACCUCGAAAGAAUACUUUGCCUUAGGUGAAGCCGCUAAGCUCAAGCUUUUCAAACAAAUAAAGCUCCAACCUCGCGAAGAUUUGCCAAUCGAAAGCAGCCUCAAGAAUGUCGAAUACAUUGAUGUCGCUGGCCGUCAAGAUGAUGACACUUCUUUGAUCAACAACUUUGGCCUGAAACACGAUGACAUUACCCCGUGGAUGAAAUUUGAUAGCAACGCCAUCAAUGCCAGAAAGAGACCUUUGGUCACAUUGAAGGCCCAUGGAGUGAUGAAAAACAGUAAUGUUCAGUUUACUGUCAAAGGGUAUGCCAACCCUAGAUGGGUUGACAAAAGUCACUCCAGUUAA